UGAUGUGACGCUAGUUGUACCAAAGAACCUUGUGGCUCUCUCCAACAUGGAUGUCAAAGAGACAAAGGAAGAUGGUGACAACAAGACAGUUGUAUUUAAUCGUACUCCAAUAAUGUCAACAUAUCUACUAGCGUUCAUAGUAGGAGAGUAUGAUUAUAUUGAAGAUAAGGACAGCAAUGGAGUAGUAGUGAGAGUCUAUACUCCACUGGGGAAGAAAGAGCAAGGAAGAUUUGCACUAAAUAUUGCUACAAAGACUCUGCCCUUUUACAGGGAGUAUUUCAAUGUUCCUUAUCCUCUUCCUAAAAUUGAUCUUAUUGCCAUCCCUGAUUUUGCAGCUGGUGCUAUGGAGAACUGGGGUUUAGUUACGUAUAGAGAAAGACUCCUACUCGCUAGUGAGGAUUCUCCUAUCUCCAGUAAACAGAUUGUGGCUAUUGUUGUUGGACAUGAACUGGCCCAUCAGUGGUUUGGAAACUUGGUUACGAUGGAGUGGUGGACUGAUUUGUGGCUCAAUGAAGGUUUUGCGUCUUGGAUUGAGUACCUGUGUGUCGAUUAUUGUCAUCCUGAGUUUGAUAUUUGGACGCAGUUCCUGGCGCAGGAUUACGCUCAAGCAUUGAGUCUCGAUGCACUGUCCAACAGUCACCCUAUUGAGGUUAUAGUUGGCCCACCAUCAGAAGUUGAGGAGAUAUUUGAUACGAUUUCCUACAGCAAAGGAGCCUCCGUCAUUCGAAUGUUGCACAAUUGGAUUGGAAAUGAUGAUUUUCGUAAAGGAAUGAAUGCCUAUUUGACUAAAUAUGAGUACAAGAACACUAAGACAGUUGAUCUCUGGACUUGUUUGGCAGCUGCUAGUGGUAAGCCAGUAAUGGAAGUUAUGAAGACUUGGACACAGCAGAUGGGAUAUCCAGUACUGACAGUUGACGCCAAACAGGAGGGCAAUAAUCGUGUCCUUAGCAUUUCGCAGAAGAAGUUCUGUGCUGAUGGAAAUAUCAAAGGAUUUGAAGACAUGUUAUGGCAGGUUCCAGUUACCAUAGCAACACCUCAAAAUCUAACUGCAUACAAGUUUGUAUUAGAUAAGACAUCAGCUACUGUCACUAUUGAGGGACUCAAACCAACUGACUGGAUUAAGGUAACAGACCAUUUUACUUUCUUAAAAAUGGCUGUAACUCAAAAAAUUGAAGUCGGAAUCAGCUCAAACUUUCUAGCUAGGGCUGGUGUUGGCAGUACUGUUGAGGUACUCCGUCUCUUAAAGUCUUUCUCUUCCGAGACUAAUUUCACCGUUUGGCAGAAUCUUGUCUCUAAUUUGUCUCUGCUUGAGAGAUUGGCCAAUUAUUCUGAUUUCUCUGCCGAGUUCAAUUCUUAUGCUCAGAGUCUCUUCGCUGAUGUUGUAUCAAGGCUAGGCUGGGAUCAAAAAGACUCCGACACUCCUCUUGACAAGAUGCUGCGUGGGAUGGUCCUGAAGCAGUACUGUAACUAUGGAAACAAGGAAGCAGUGGCUGAGGCUCAGCGUCGUUUCGCUGCUCAUGUUAAUAAGACCUCGUUAAUCCCGUCAGACCUCAAGGACCUUGUCUUUGGUACUUGCAUGGCCAAUGGUAACGAUGAAACCUUUGAUCAAUUGGUUAAGUUUCACGAUGAGACUGAUGAUAGUGAUGAACGCAGUCGUAUUUAUCGUGUCCUUGGACGAGGGAAGACGGAGCCAUUAGUCAAGAGAUGUCUGGAGUUAGGACUAUCGGAUAAAGUAAGGAAUCAGGAUGCCUGGGGACCUAUUGCCUCUGCUGCUGGUGGAAGUCGUUUGGGCCGCGAUCUAACUUGGCAGUUUAUGAAGGAGAACUGGGAGACAUACCAGAAAAAGUUUCAAGGGAGCUUCCUUCUCUCAAGAGUCAUUGAGAUUGUUACUAUUGGUUUUAUUGGUGAAGACAAAGCUGUCGAAGUUGACGAGUUCUUCAAAGCGAACCCAGUACCGGUUGCUGAGCGUGCAAUUCGUCAGAGCUUAGAGGCAAUACGUAACAACACUCAAUGGCUGAAGAGAGAUGAAGCCUCCAUUAGGGAGUGGCUUAAGAAAGAAACCCAGUCUUAGAGACACUUAUAAAUCAUUGUGUGUAUGUAGGACUUUCCUAUACAAUUGAUGCUGCUUGAUUUAAAAAAUAAUAAUUUCUAAAAAACAAUUGUCAAUGUGCUGACUGUA